AUGAGCAGUUCUGGAAAGCACAGGCCGGCUGCGUGUAGGAGAUGCAAAGAUCGGCAUUUGCGAUGCGACGGAGGCAACCCCUGCAAAAGCUGCAGACAGGCCAGCUCAAAGUGUGACCGUAGCGCCAAGAGCUUCAAAUUUCGACACGAGCCAAUACCGAAGCGCAGGUUCCAUUUCUCGUCGGAUCAGAAAUGGGUUGGCCUGCCUCGGAAAGGUCGACUCCACUACGUCCAUGUGAAUCCGGACGGUCGUCAGGAAAGCGAUGACGACGACGAAGAUGAUGACGCUGAAGAGAGCCAGCCUGAUGCCGCCGGCUCUAAUGCUUCUCCAUCACCCAGCUCCAUGAUAUGGAGAAAGGGCCAGAAACCACAUUCACUUCCAGCAUCUACCUGCGCGAACACUAGCCAUGACCCCCAUGGAGAAGGGCUUGGACAGAGCCAUCGAAACUCAAGACACUAUAGCAUUUCCAGUUUCAAUGCAGUCGCAGGCUCUAAUGAACCGUCUCCACAGUCAGCGUCUUACUAUGCCCACACUUCUGCAUAUGACUGCUUAUCCCAACCUACCAACCAACCCCUAAAUGCUUUCCCGACACAGCGAGAUCAUUACCGUCUGGGGCCUUUGAAAGGCGUUCCCCAAACCUUCUCGGACGCCUCCUACACCAGUGACCUCCAGGAAGCAUGCUUGAUACGCUAUUUCGUGGAGAAGCUAGCUCAUUGGUUCGACUCAACCGACCGGGACCGACAUUUCACCCUGACAGUCCCCGGCCGAGCCAUGUUCUGCCCAGUACUCCGAUAUGCCCUCUUGACAGCAUCCGCCGGCCACAUGCGACAAGCCCUAAAAUGCCGCAACAACAGCAACGGCACCGUCAUCUUCGACGGCAUCCCACUACCAGGUCUCAGCGAAGACUCGGCGAUCCGGUACCACAACAUCUGCAUCUCCUACCUGAUCGAGAUCUCCAAAGACCCCAACGAAGACUACAACGAAGACGUGCUAACCGCAGCGACGAUCCUCCGCUUUUACGAGCAACUAGAC